CUAUGGAAACUGAGAGAUGCCAAGCCACACGAAGUAACUAAAAACGGAGCGGCUUGGAUUAUUUUGAAUGUCGAACUUUGAAACAAAAACACAAAAAAACUAUUAUUUAAAAAUGAGUUUCGAAAGCAUUUAAACAGUGCUAUAAUUAAAAUUUGAAACGAUUUCUAGUGUAUUUAAUUUUUUUCACACAAAACGCGUUGUUUUAAAAUGUUUUUAAGGCCUGCUACACGAUUACUUUUAGAAACGUUUCAUUAUUAUUAUUAUUAAUUUACCCUAAAGUUGUUUUAGAAUUUUUUAUUUUUUAAACAUCAAUACGUCGUGUCGAAAAGCGUCACAAAAUAACUCUUAACGCUGUUUUUUUUUUUUUUUUUUUUUUUUAUCUAUCUUUAUUAGUUAAUUUGAUUUACCUCUCCUUAUUAAAUGGCCAUAUAUGAGGUUUACUCCCACCCUGCUUUAUUAAGAUACAAAACCAGUAUCUGCACGAAAGCCACGGUGUUUUUAUUAAUCGUGUUAGGGCUCACCUACAUUCCACCUUUGUUGGUUUCUUACAGAAGUCAAGGUUUCUGGUUAAAACUCAGCACCUAUGAGGAGCAGCCAAGUGUGCGAUUUCAGUACCAGGUUUUGUUAAUCGCAGCGACUAGUACCAGUGGAGACUACGUUGCAUGGAGUACAUAUCAGAACUUCAAUAACCUGCAGGGAAACAACCUUAGAAUACCUUCAAUAUCAGUGAGAGAAGAUGAUCAGAACCAGGAUGGGAAGUUUGACCAGCUCAGUCUCACAUUGGGACUCCCACUCCAGUCCACAGAACAGGUGUACAGUGUCCAGCUUAUUCUCACAUUCUCAUACCAGCUUUUUAGGAUGUCCACCUUCGUAAUGCAGUGUAUGGCAUUCAUUCAGCACUCCUCUCCAGUACCUGGAUCACAGCUUUAUAUCAAUGGGGAUCUGAGGCUACAGCAGAGACAGCCUUUGAGUCACAGGGGAAUCGAUACCAGAUACAAUGUUUCUGUUAUUAAUGGAAGCAGCCCAUUUGCCAGUGCCUAUGACCUUACUAACAUCGUUGGAACUUACCAAGAAAGAAAUGUUUCCACGCUGCUGUCAAACCCAAAUCCUGUGUGGACGAUGGUUCGAGCUGCCGGUACCCCGUUUCAAAUAAAUGCCAUUAUUAGAUACCCCGUGGAGAUCAUUACUUAUCAGCCUGGCUUUUGGGAAAUGAUUAAGUUUGCCUGGGUUCAGUACGUCAGCGUUUUGCUAAUUUUCCUGUGGGUUUUUGAGAGGAUCAAGAUCUUUGUUUUCCAGAACCAGGUUCUGCCCACAAUAGCAGUCCCUCCAUUCAAACAGCACCAGUCCUAGAUCUGUCUCAACCCACAGAACCAAGGGUGGCCUCUUCAAAUCAUUUGAUACGGUUUUGCAGGAAGAGUUGCUUAUGUUUGCAUCUUGGAAACAUUUUUUUUGAAUACUGACUCUACACAAGCUGCAAAUAUUUUGUUUGAUUGUGAAAUCGAAAUGUAUCAUAAGACACAAGUAAUAUUUUUGUUAAAUCCUUGGAUAGAGAAGUUAAAGUUGCACAAACUUCCACAAAAUAGAACUGUAGAUUUUUUAAAACUUUUUUUUGGAGACACAAGAAUGUCACACUGUAGUGUUUAAAAAAGACAAAGAGGUCCAUAGUUUGAUAUUUAUAUCACUAAAACACAUUUUACAUGCUUUUAAAUACAAAUUACACUAAGUACUGUAUUUUUACAAGCACUGUUAGAGAUGUUGGUCUUAAGAACAAGCCCUAUUUUAAUGAUAUUUAGGUACAUGUCUGUUUCGAUCAAAUAAAUAGACACCAGUAUUUUUAUUCUGAUGGCAGUGUACAGUAUGUAGAUUUUAAAGAUAUUGAAAAUUAAAUAAAUUAAUUAAACUGGAAAAAUACUUCAAGGAAAGGUUUGCUUUGCUGCUAUGCUGUAGCUUCCACGUGAAACAAAAGAUUUCAUGGUUAACUUUAUUCCAGAGAACACCAGUUUGUUGCAUUUUGUGUAAAAAUGAAAAUGAGUGUUACUAAAUUAACAAGGAUCAAAAAUCUUUGUACACGAUUGACGCUGCUGAUGGUUUUCUGGAGUAUGAAACAUUUGGCCCCAGUUUUAUUAAUAAUUUAUAUGACUGAGAUUUCUAAAAUCUUGCGGUGAAGACCUACUACUGUAUAGGCUUGCUGUCUGCUUUCAAAACAUGAUACACAACUGUACAUCCUCCCUGUCAAAGAAAUCACAAGCCUAAUAAAUAGGCCUAUUCAGGGACUAAACAAGUUAUUUGUUUUUUCCUAAUGUGCAUUGUAAAUUUAAUCAUAAAAAGUCAUUUGUAAUUUAUUUUUUAAAAACAAAUGGAGUUCUGCAUUUUUGUUGCAUACAAUUUUGUACUUUUGUUAAUAAAAAUAUGAAAGAACCAGUUUUUUUUUCAUUUAAGAGUUUGAUAAAAAAAAAAGAAAAAAGUGGAUCAAGUUUGCAGGCAUAACACAUUUAAUUUGGCAUAGGGAA